CCCUUCAUUGCCAAAUUUGGCAACCAGGGAGGAGAAAUGCCAUUUUCAGUUGUUUUGCUGCGGAGCGCAGACGGAUAGGGGCGCUGGUGAUGCUCGCCCGUUGGGGAUCGCCGCUUUGCUGAGGAAAACUGGGCGGCUGAAGAUGUUGAUUUUGUGCGAAUCAUGGCAAAUGGAACUGGCACAAUUAUGCUGAAAUGCGUGGUCGUUGGCGACGGUGCUGUAGGCAAAACUUGUCUGUUAAUGAGCUAUGCCAACGACGCUUUCCCCGAGGAGUACGUCCCUACAGUGUUUGAUCAUUACGCAGUGAGUGUCACAGUUGGAGGGAAGCAGUACCUGCUGGGACUGUAUGACACGGCGGGGCAGGAAGACUAUGACCGCCUGAGGCCUUUAUCCUACCCCAUGACCGACGUCUUCCUCAUCUGCUUCUCCGUGGUGAACCCGGCCAGCUUCCUGAACGUGCGGGAGGAGUGGGUCCCCGAGCUACAGGAGUACGCCCCCAGCGUCCCCUUCCUGCUCAUCGGCACACAGAUCGACCUUCGAGAUGACCCAAAAACUAUCGCCAAGCUGAACGACAUGAAGGAGAAACCCAUCACUACAGAGCAGGGGCAGAAGCUGGCCAAGGAGAUCGGUGCCUGCUGCUACGUGGAGUGCUCGGCCCUGACGCAGAAGGGGCUGAAGACGGUGUUCGACGAGGCCAUCAUCGCCAUCCUCACGCCGAAGAAGAGCGCGCUGAAGAGACGGCUGGGCUCACGCUGCAUCAACUGCUGCCUCAUCACGUGAGAGACGGAGAGGGAGAGCAACGGAGAGGG